AUGAUGCUUCUAUCAUAUUAAAGAAAGUAAUGGCGGACAACGAUGAAGCAUUUUACGCUGUCGUGUCGGUUUCAUCCGACAAUUUAGAAUUCCACGACUACGCGUGUAUGCCAUGUAACCAAAACUUUGUCAAUAAAAAAGCUUUUUAUUUCUGUGGAAUUUGUAAGAAGCAGUUUUGCCUGGAAUGUCGUAGUAAGCAUAUGUACUUGUUUAAAGAGCAUGAGAAAGAUGUGCUUGGUGAAGACUAUAAAAACGACUGGAUAACCUGGGACACUGACGGUGAACAGAACAUUGAAAGGUCGGGCACACUUUCAUUACAUCUGGACGACAUAAAAGACCAGACUGAUGAUAAAACUGCUGCUAACAACUUGCGAGUUAUGAACACAAAAGUACGCAAUGUUAAAGUUGAAGGGGACAGGCGUCUACUUUCUUGCAAUAUUUCCAGCUGCUGUCUCUUGCCAGACACAAGAAUCGUUCUGACAGACAGCAGCAAUCGACGUUUAAAGCUUCUUUCCGAGGACAAAUACGUCAUGGCACUAUAUGAACUACCAGAAGAACCGCACGAGGUCUGUUACGUAGAUGGAAACGAAGUUGCAGUAACGAUGGCUGGAAAUAUGGUGAAGACUUUUAUGAUUACCAAUCACGUAAUAGAAGAGAAAAGUGUGAUGACAUUUGAGCAUGAGUGUGUAGGUAUUGCUUUCAACAACAACCAGUUCUAUAUAGGUGAUUUCCAACGCAUCUAUGUAUAUUCAAGAGAAGGAAAGCAAACAAGUUUGCUAUAUUCAAAUAUGUCUAUGGGAAAGAAAUCGGUUAAUUCGUUCGCAAUUAGUGAAGACGGGAACAAGAUAUAUGUUGCUAGUUAUGAUACCAGUGUUUUGAGGACCAUCGAUAUACACGGCAAGACGCUUGCUACAUUUGAGGAUCCGUAUCUAAAGAAUCCAGCAGGUAUCUGUGUUGGGAAUGAUGGAAGUGUGUUUGUUUGUGGUGUAAAAUCCAGCUCAGUUAUUCAUGUAGACGGCGAUGGUACAAAAAAGCUUGGGGUGCUUACAAGGUCAGACGGCGUGUCGAAUCCUUUAUCACUUUCCUUUAGCGGUAUAGAUUCUACGUUAGUGGUUUGCCAGCAGAAAAGUAACGCGAUCCUAGUGAUAUCUGUCAACUCUGUAGCUGCCUAAGUGUUUCUUUAAUUGGCCAUUCUACAUUUUCUUGCAAAAUGUAAUAUCAGACUCAGAAAGUAAGCUCAAUGUUGACAAUGCUGACAAAAAGUAGUGCAAGGCAAAUGGAAAAGCAUCUUGCAUGAUUUUUAUUAAUAUACACAAGACGUUCUUGAAAUAACCUCUGAAACAACGAAUGUUAGUAGUUACAUUGUUUGUUGAUGACUGGAUAACGGUACUCUUAACUCAAACAACCCUCCAAACUAGAUAAGGUAGCACCCUGACAACCAUUAAAACACCACCAAACCCAUUGAACUCUUAUUUGGUCUCACUGACCACCGCUCACUGGUCAACAUUUCGAAAUACUCAUUCCUUGGCAAUUUGUUCCCUCUUUCAAAUAUACAAAUUAAGAUGUGAAUUAAGUGUGUGUCGGGGUGACGCCAGUUAUGAUGGCCUCACGGUCCGGCACUCCUUCUGGUCGAUCCAAGAUGGUUUCCGUAAUUCUGUUUACAUUCUGUUCAUGUGGUUUUAUUUUAUACAUGUAUUAGUGGUUUUGCUUGCUCAUCCCGUGUUGCAUCUUGUCGACGAAUAUGCAAAUCAGUCUAUUCACUGUAUCUUCACAUUAGAGAUAAAUUACGACUUGCUUGGUUUAUAGGUAUGUAUCUCUGUGUUGGGUAUGUUCAAUGAUUUCAACAUUCUAACAUAAAUUUGUAUUUUGAGUAUACCGGAAACUGAAAAAAUAUCUCAACUUCUCUGUGUUAGAGCUGUGUACGGAAACCGUGACAUCUGAAUCGCCCAAAGUAUAUCUCAACUUCUCUGUGUUAGAGAUGUGUACGGAAACCGUGACAUCUGAAUCGCCCAAAGUAUAACAACUUAUCAAGUUUGACGCUUUCACGCUUAAACUCCCUGUUCUAAAACGUGCUUUCAAUGUUUGUUUCGUCAUCAUUAUAAAUGUGGCGUGAACGUGAAUGAAUCUUUGCUCGUAUAGGAGUGUGUUUUGUAUUUGAUCUUCGUUAAUUGAAUAUCUAUUUGCAAUAUUGUCAUGUUUUAUCUCUUUUUAUGACUAUCUAAUAUAAUGUUUAUGUAUUUUUAAUUAUUAUGUUAAUAUGUACUUUUAGGCAAAUUGAUUAUGAAUAAAAAACAUGGAAUCUC